GUGGUCGCCUGGGCCCUGCAGAAAUGAGUGACAUGGAUUCCUACAAGGUGGUGCUGGAGGGACCACCGCCAUGGGGGUUCCGGCUGCAAGGCGGCAAGGACUUCAACAUGCCAUUGUCCAUCUCUCGGCUUACCCCUGGGGGCAAGGCAGUCCAGGCAGGUGUGGGGACGGGUGACUGGGUGCUAAGCAUCGACGGGGAGAACACCAGCACCUUGACUCAUAUCGAAGCACAGAACAAGAUCCGGGCCUGCGGGGAUAAGCUUGCCUUGAGCCUAAGCAGAGUCCAAAACCUGCUAGGCAAACCUCAGAAGGACUCACUCCCUUCCUCUGAGCUCCCGAAAUAUAACUUUGCUCCCAGCAAUGCCCUCAACAAAACAGCCCGGCCUUUUGGGACCACUUCUGUUCCAAACUCCCCGCCUGGGCUGGUGAUGAAACCCGUGCCGUACACACCCCCAGCGUCUGUCUGCACCACACAGCACAAUGGCCAGGUCUCCAUACCGGAUCAGUCUUCUGCGCCAGCCUUGCAAGUGGAUCCUGGAUAUGGCUCUGCCGUUCCGAAGCCCGCACCUGUCUCUGGCCCUGCCAGCCGCCCACCCUGGGCGGUGGAUCCUUCCUUUGCCGAGCGCUAUGCUCCAGAUAAAACCAGCACAGUACUGAGCAAGCACAGCCAGCCAGCCACCCCAACACCUAUGCAGAACCGCAACUCCAUUGUCCAGGCUGCUCAGCAACCGCCCGAGAGCGCCAGCAAAACGCCCAUCUGCUAUCAGUGCAACAAGAUCAUCAGGGGGCGGUACCUGGUGGCACUGGGACGCUACUACCAUCCCGAGGAGUUCACUUGCUCACAGUGCAGGAAAGUGCUGGACGAGGGUGGCUUUUUUGAAGAGAAAGGCUCCAUCUUCUGCCCCAUGUGUUACGACAUGCGCUACGCCCCAAACUGUGCCAAGUGCAAGAAGAAGAUCACAGGGGAAAUCAUGCAUGCGCUCAAGAUGACCUGGCACGUUCAGUGUUUUGUUUGUGCUGCCUGCAAAACCCCUAUCCGCAAUCGAGCCUUCUACAUGGAAGAAGGGCAGCCGUACUGUGAGAGAGAUUACGAGAAGAUGUUUGGAACCAAAUGCCGUGGCUGUGACUUCAAGAUAGAUGCUGGCGACCGCUUCCUAGAGGCACUGGGCUUCAGCUGGCACGACACUUGCUUCGUCUGUGCGAUCUGCCAGAUCAACUUGGAAGGAAAGACAUUCUACUCCAAAAAGGAUAAGCCUCUGUGCAAGAGUCAUGCUUUCUCCCAUGUGUGAAGAGUGGAAGGGGG